AACUCUGGCUGGACAACUGUGGAGCUGCGACGCAACCACGCGCAACUCCAAAUGCGACACAACUCGCACUCGGAGGCUGUGGUCUGACUGGGACUGACUGCUGACCAGCUGCGGAGAAACUUUUUGGAUAUUUCUUUGAGAUUUAGAGAUCAAUAAAAGUGGGAUCCGCCAAAUAAAUGGGACAACAAAAAUCGCGAGAACUUGAAUCGCUCCAGUUGCGCGCACGGUUCAGUGUUUAGCCAACUUUGCGCGGCAGCCCAUCCGAUCUGCCUCAGUCCGUGCGGGCGCAGCAGCAGCAGAGGAGGAGGCUGGAUGUGGCAGGAGACGGGUCACUGAGCUGCAGCGAGCCGGGUGCGAGUUUCCCCAGUCCCCAACUCUCCAAUGUCACCGGACAGGAUGCUGAUCAUUGGACUUCUGCUCAAUGUCUUCUCUCAUGGUAGUGUGCCAGUAUCUGCAUCCUUAGACUGUCUGGUGGCGGAGCAGGGCUGCAUCCAAGAGCAGUCCUGCAUGGUGCUCUAUCGACUGCUGGAGUACUGCGCGGCUGAGGAGGCCGUGUCGCCCCUUGGCUCAGAUGCCCGCUUGGAGUGCCUGGAGGCGCAGAAUUCUUUGCAACAUUACCACCCCCUUCAAGUUUGCAAGUGUCAGCGUGGCUCUCGCAGAGAGGAGCACUGCCUCAGGGUCUACUGGACUGUGAGAUUUGCUGCAUAUGAUGAGUAUGAAGUGUCUCCGUAUGAAGAGCUGGAGUUGAAUCUGGUGAGAAACAUUGAGAUGUCACGUAUGGCCUCCAUCAUGUCAGCGUCCUCUCUUUCUAUGGACGGCCAAAACCAGUGUCUGAAGGCAGCACAGGACUGUGGCCUGUAUGAGAAAUGUGGCUCCCUGAGGUCAGAAUAUGUUGUAGCCUGCACCAAGCGAGCAACAGUCUCUGACAACAGCUGUAACCGCCAGAAAUGCCACAAAGCCCUGCGGCGCUUCCUGGAGCGCGUGCCAGAGGAGUACAGCUUCGCUCUGCUCUUCUGUCCCUGCUCUGACACUCUGUGUGGGGAGCGCCGGAGGAAAACCAUCGUCCCGUCGUGUUCCUAUGAGGAGAAUGGGAGAGGGGAGGAAAGAGUGGGCAAACCCAACUGCCUCAGCCUGCAGAACUACUGCUCCAGAGACGAGCUGUGUAGAUCCCGGUUCGCUGAUUUCCAACACAACUGCCAGCCCUCCCCACAGUCUGCCUCUGGCUGUAUGCGAGACAGCAGAGCCAUGUGCCUGAAGGCCUACGCUGGACUCAUAGGCACCAUCAUGACUCCCAACUAUGUGAGCAACAGCAGCACAGAAGUGUCCCAGUGGUGCACAUGUGACGGCAGCGGGAACGAAUGGCAGGGCUGUCAGCGCAUCCUGCACUUGUUCAGCAACAAUAUAUGUCUGCGCAAUGCCAUCAGCUCCAUGGGAAUCUCCGCACCUCCUCCUGUGGAAAACACUCCCGUGCCAGCUUCUCAGCCCUCCCCGCGUGUCUACCAGGAGAGGGUCCACGUCAGUGUUAACACUCUCCCUGAAUUCAACAGUAUGGAGGGCAGCGAGGAAGAGGAGCAGGAGGCGGACAAAAGCGAGGAAUUUAACGUCAUCCCAUCGUUUUCUGAAAAGGACCCUAACACUGAAUCGGGGGCCAGAGAGAGUAAACGGGGAGCAGCUAGCCGAGCGGUACCCGUGUUCACAUUACUGCUGCUGCCUACACUCAUCCUGGACUGGGAGUGCUGGAGCUACUGAAGCCCCCAUCUCAUUCUCCGCUCAUAUUUUACACUCCCUACCACUUUCAAAUCCAUCACAGCACUCAGAAUGAGCCGCGGAGGACAUUUGCGAGGAAGAAAUGCUCCAUUUCUUUUUCUUUUUUUUGGUUCAUUUUUUAAAGUACCCUGACUUUAUUUAAUGUUUUCUGUUUCUCCUAUCACUGCCUCCUCAAGAGUUAAAAGAUAUCAGUAGUCCUGCAGUAUCAGCCACGAGUCCUCUCCUAUGAAACGCAGGGAACAACGUGAGCAGAUAUAUGAGUGCACGGGUGAAUUUAGAAAUGCUGUCUGGGCAAAUACUCUAUCUAGAGCCUGCUUCACACUCAAAGUACAUCCCCUCUUUUAACAAGAAGCACAUCGCCCAAGGCCACAUCCACUGUACACACUCAAAAACCAUACCCAGUCUACUCCACUGCAACCAGGCCGGAGCACAGCUUUUGAUAUCUAUUUCAUGACUCAUGUCACAUCCGUUUCUCCCCUUUGGCUCUUCCUCUCCCUGCCUCACACUAUGGUUGAGUAAGAUAAUCCACUUUACAACAAGCUAAUAAGAAACUGCACCAUACUUAAACUGCUUUGUACCAUUGAAGAAGAAAAACUUUUUUUUAAAGAACUGCUGCAUUUAAAAAGAGAUAAGACACGAUCCAAUGUGCUGUCACAUUAUGUAUGAGACAUCUUAUGCCUUCUUCUCUCUUUGUGCACCAUAAAAGCAGAGUGCAACAGUCGCUCUGCUCUGCUUCUUUUGUUAACAUGCCACUUAGUAUUAUUCCUACCAGGGUGAGUGACUGAGAAUUCAACCAUGGGCAAAAGUAAUGAGAUCAAAUUCUAUUGUAGAAAUGGCGAGCAUGAGAAAAGCAACAUGAGCAAUUACAGCACAAUUCAAAUUGCUCAGCAUGCAGGGGAAGUCUGGAGUAAGGCUCAGGGGAGGAAAUAGCCAAUUUACUGCUGUCAUACCCUCUCACUUUUUCCUCAUCCUUAGGAGGUUCGUUUUUAGUGCUCCUUGCCCAUCAUGUGCUUUAGAUGUUGUGAGAGCGGGAUGCGGAGAAAGAGGAUGGACACACAGGAGGCUGUAAAGCCUGCUGGCUGCUCCGAUCAUUGAGCAGCACAUUGAGCCAUUCUCUCUGCCUGAAAUAGCUUUUGCUGAUCUUAAUGAUUUUUUUUUUUUUUUCCUCUUAUGGCUCAUUUUCUUGUGAAAAUUACGCAGCUGCGGGGAUGUAGGUAAAGAGAAGUAUAUUGAAGUUUUUUGGAGAGGGAUAAACUCAUUUGAGGAUGAGUUUCCGAGAAAUAACCUGUCUGAGCUGUGCGAGGAAAUGUCCUCUAUUGCCUCAUGUUUUCUGUAUACCAUCAAAUCAUUGUGGUUGUAGAUUCAUUUUAAUGUAUGCAACAGACCAUAAUGGAAAAUCUCCAAAGACACAGCAUAAAAAAAUCAUCCUUAUAUUUGAGUAUCACUUGAGGAGGCAGUAUGGCCCUAUUACUUUUUGCCCCCCACUGCUUGACUUGUUUACAUGAUGGUUUACUGACAUGAUUGAACUCUUAAUACGAAUAGACAGUACAAAGGCAGAAACGCACUGGAAGCGUAUGAGCUACGCUUUUGCGAAUGCGGGUCCAUGACUACUUCAAACUCGGGUUUGAUUUGUAGGAGUCAAAGUAGGACUCAGAAUGGGUGUUGUAAGGUUAGUAGACCUGUAGUGAUUGUUACACACCUCUGGCAAAAAUGACAUCAUGCAGGUUUUGUUGAGUUUAGCUACAGGAAGCUAAGAAGUGGAAGAGGAAAAGGCCAGUUAACAAAGCUCUGAAGUGUGACUGUAAGUUUAGUGGGCUCAAGAAAAAUAACAUAUUGGGAGAGAAUAUUUGAAAUAGAAAUAGAAAGUCUGAAAGUAUCCACAUACAUGAACUAGCUGUGUUGAUAAAUAAACUAAAGAAACGUCGCCCAUCACAGUGUCACAGUGCAGUGUCAGUGAUGCUGCUUAUUCAUAAUGCAUCCAGCGACAAGUGUCAAUAAUUGCAUCCAGUGCGCUCUGGCCUUAAUGACUGAAUGUGAGUUUACAUGUAUUUUCACAUUUCAAUAGGUUUGUUUAUAUUUGUAAACUAUGUAAAGUAAACAUUUGCAUUAAACAUGGCUUGUAUUUGUAUUAUAUUUUGAUGAGUUAAGGAGUUUCAGUGAUAAAAAGCUUAUUCUCCAUCCAUUUAUCAGAAUUCUUUAAAGGUCCAGUGUGUAGGAUUUAGAGGCAUCUAUUGGCAGAAAUUGAAUACUUAUAACUUUGUAUUCAUUAGUUUGUAAUCACCUGAAAAUAAGAAUCAUAGUGUUUUUGCUACCUUAGAAUGAGCCCUUUAUAUCUACAUACGGAGUGGGUCAUCCAUGUUGUUUCUACAGAAGCCCAGAACAGACAAAAUAAAAACACUAGCACACGACAGGGCCAUUCACAUCUUUGCAUUUCUGUGUCAGCCACCAUAGAUCUCGCUUGGCUCAUGGAAGAAGUUCCCCUGUGCAACCUCCCCACUUGAUACCACUAAAUCCUACACGCUGGACCUUUAAGAAAAUAUGUCAUUAUUCCCAAAAUUAGACUGUUUUGAGAUUGUAUCUUGAAAACCCAGCUGAGAGACCAUGUACAGUACUAUGUUUCACAUUCUAACUUUCUUUAAAGGACAUAGCAAACAUGCCAAAUUAUUCUGACUGUCAUGUGUAAUAACUGUGUAAUUUUGUGACAUAGCAGAACAGUGUGCUGAUUUGGUAAAAGAAGAAUAAAAAUCA